CUUGUAGCCUUGUACACACACCAAUAAUAUCCUGGCGCGCCUUUAGUGCAGCGCAGCGUAGGCGCAUACGACAUCCCUUUGGCUUGCAGUACCACCACUUGUGAGAUGUGGAAGCAGCGAAGGGAAGGGCAUCACUGUCCUGCAUCCAUCCAUCCCCUACAAGUAAUUUACCAAACCUCUGCUGCUUUCCAUAAUCAAACACCACAGUGGGGGUGCCACUUUAACUGAAACACCACCCCACACCACUUCACCCCCUCCUCUUCCUCCUCACUUGGCCCCUCUCUAGUCUCUCUGUCUGUCCCCCCCCCCCCCCACCCCACUUCGGUGAGGACAAGGGGCAAUUGCUCAGGGGGUGCCGUGGCCUGAGCUUGCUGGUUCCUUCCUCGGCUGCAUCGUCUUCAGGCUUUCGGCGUCCACUGGAGUGAAGCGGUGUGAAGAAUUCUGCUCCUGGGUGGUUGAGGUGAGACAAGAAACCAAGUGACGAGUGAAAAGAUUGUUGCGAUCAGCCAGAGAUGAAUAGCAAGGAGAUGUGCCAAGAACCGUGCGACGAGCUGUCUGAGAUCAGCAGCCAGGCGGCGUCCAACACCGCGGCGUCCAACUCCUCCGGCCGGGUCAGCCUCGACCUCUCGCUCACCGUCGCCGCCGCUGCAGCCGCCGAGUCGAGCACCACCGACAACAGCAACGGCAACAGCGGCGGCGGAGGCGCCGAGGCGGACGCAGCUGCGGCCGUGGCUGCCCACGAGCCCUCGCGCGUGUUCACGUGCAACUACUGCCAGCGCAAGUUCUUCAGCUCGCAGGCGCUGGGCGGGCACCAGAACGCGCACCGGCGGGAGCGCACGCUGGCCCGGCGCGCGCUGCGGCUCGACGCGGCCGCCCCCUACGGCUACUACGCCGAUGUGGCGUCCCUGCCGCUGUACGGCUCCGCCCUGUACCCCAUCGGCAUCCAGGCGCACGCGUCGCCGGCGGCGCGCCCGCGCCCGGAGCAGCAGCAGCAGCGGGGGCUGCUGAGCCCGAUGCCGUUCUUCGUGGGCGACGACGAGGUGAGCUUCGGCUGGCCCGGCAGCUUCAGGCCGACCGCGGCCGCCGCGCCGGCGGGUGGCGCGGCCCUCAACUCGGCCGGCGCCGGCGUCGUGCUUGCUGGCGAGGAGCCCGACCUCACGCUCAGGCUCUGAACUGAUCCGUCGACAAGACCCCCGGUGUAAUUCGUCAGGCCGUUUCCCUUUCUUCUUUCGGGAUUGAUCGGUUCCUGUUUGAUGUUGAUCAGAUCGUCACGGUCUCUCUUGCUUGACCAAGAUCCCUCCUAUUGUUUCAUGCGUGCAAGAUUUUUUUUUUUUUUGUACAGCAGUUGGAUGUGCAAGAGCCAGGGAUAUGUUCAGUGAUCUUUUGCUAUGCUACACCA